AUGGCGAAAGCCACCGCAGUGAAGCCCAAGGGCGCCACCUUCAUCACGCCCUCCGCCCCGGCUACCCAGAAGGCGGUAGUCCGAAAGAACGAUGACUACACGAGCGAUGGCGUCGAGGAUAACGAUGUCUUCCUGCUCCCCGUCUCCGAUUACAAUGUCAUGGCCGUAGUGACCAUUGUGGGAGCUAUCGUGCGGCUCUACCGUAUCUACCAGCCCACCAGCGUCGUCUUCGAUGAGGUGCACUUUGGUGGAUUCGCCUCCAAGUACAUCAAGGGUCGCUUUUUCAUGGACGUACACCCCCCGCUUGCCAAGAUGCUGAUUGCUCUGGUCGGCUGGCUCGCUGGUUUCAACGGAGACUUCGACUUCAAGGACAUUGGCAAGGACUACCUGGAGCCAGGUGUCCCUUACGUUGCCAUGAGACUGUUCCCUGCCGUCUGUGGUAUCCUGCUGGUCCCGAUCAUGUUCUUGACCCUCAAGGCUGCCGGUUGCCGCACCGCUACCGCUGCUCUUGGGUCUUCGCUGAUCAUCUUCGAGAACGGCCUCCUCACCCAGGCCCGCUUGAUUCUGCUCGACUCGCCCCUUGUCCUCGCCACCGCCUUCACUGCCCUUGCCUUUACGUCCUUCACGAACCAGCACGAGCAGGGACCUACAAAGGCAUUCCAGGCAAGCUGGUGGUUCUGGCUGGUCAUGACUGGCUUGGGUUUGGGUACCACCUUCAGCAUCAAGUGGGUUGGUUUGUUCACCAUCGCCUGGGUUGGGUCCUUGACACUGGUCCAGCUUUGGGUGCUGCUGGGUGACACCAGAACGGUGACGAUGCGCAUCUUCGCCAAGCACUUUCUUGCUCGUAUUUUCUGCCUCAUCAUCAUCCCCGCCACCUUUUACAUGGCCAUGUUUGGCAUCCACUUCCUCUGCCUCUCGAACCCCGGCGAGGGCGAUGGUUUCAUGAGCUCCGAAUUCCAGGCCACCUUGAACAACAAGGGCAUGCAGGACGUCCCGGCGGAUGUUGCCUUUGGAAGCCGUGUUAGCAUCCGACAUGUGAACACUCAGGGUGGUUACCUUCACUCUCACCCCCUCAUGUAUCCCGGCGGCAGUCAGCAACAGCAGAUCACCCUCUAUCCCCACAAGGACGAGAACAACCUCUGGCUCCUCGAAAACCAGACCCAGCCCCUGGACAUCAAUGGUGAACCAAUCAACGGAACCAACGCCUGGGAUACUGUAUCCAACAUCACCGAGAACUACAUCAAGGAUGGUGAUGUGUUGCGCUUGUACCACCAGCCUACCCACCGCCGCCUUCAUUCCCACGACGUCCGGCCCCCAGUCACUGAGGCUGAGUGGCAAAACGAGGUCUCUGCAUAUGGCUACGAGGGAUUUGCUGGCGAUGCCAAUGACUUGUUCCGUGUUGAGAUUAUCAAGAAGCAGUCGAUUGGCUCCCUUGCCAAGGAGAGGCUUCGGACCAUCGAGACCAAGUUCAGGCUGGUUCACAUCAUGACUGGUUGCGUCCUCUUCUCACACAAGGUCAAGCUUCCCGACUGGGCUUCUGAGCAGCAGGAGGUCACGUGUGCCAAGGGUGGCACCCUUCCCAACAGCGUGUGGUAUGUCGAGUUCAACGAGCACCCGCAGUUUGGUCCCGAUGCCGAGAAGGUCAACUAUGUUCGUCCCGGCUUCUUCGCCAAGUUCUGGGAGUUGCAACAGGUCAUGUGGCGGACCAACGCUGGUCUGGUCGAGUCUCAUGCCUGGGACUCGAGACCUGACUCGUGGCCUAUUCUUCGACGAGGCAUCAACUUCUGGGGCAAGGAGAACCGCCAGAUCUACCUGAUCGGUAACCCCGUCGUUUGGUGGUCUUCCACCUUGGCAGUUGUCCUCUACGUACUCUUCAAGGGCGUUGCGGUGCUCCGAUGGCAACGCAGCUGCAAAGACUACGACAACGCCAACUUCAAGCGAUUCGACUACGAGAUCGGAACGUCUGUUCUUGGAUGGGCCCUCCACUACUUCCCAUUCUACCUGAUGCAGCGUCAGCUAUUCUUGCAUCACUAUUUCCCAGCUCUGUACUUUGCUGUCAUCGCCUUCUGUCAGAUCUAUGACUUUGUCACUGCCAGGUUCCCUAUCCCCGGCAUUCGUGGCAACCCUAUCAUCAACAAAGCCGGAGCAGUUGCCUUGUUGGCGGUGUCUGCUGCUGUGUUUGCGCUGCUGUCUCCCCUUGCCUACGGCAAUGCGUGGACCAAGACGGAGUGCAGUCGCGUGAAGCUGUUCAACACUUGGGACUGGGACUGCAACACCUUCCUCGAUAGCUACGAGGCAUAUGACCAGCAGACUUCAAUCAACGCCAAGAUCGCGCAGACUUCACAGCCUGUUAUCGACAACAAAGCAGCGCCCCCUCCCCCUGUCCAGGAACCACCCCAGCAAGCUCAAAACCCUCAAGUUCCCCCAAACGGGGCCGAGGGCGCCGCGGGAAUCUCCGGGGCGCCCCAGCUCCAGCAGGAUGGCCAAAAAGUAAUCGGCAGAGAAGAGCGGGUGGAAUAUCGGGACCAGGAUGGCAACCUGCUCAACGAAGAGCAGGUGCGGGCGCUCGAAGGCAAGGUCGAGUUCAAAACUCGAUACGAGACGAGGACGCGCGUAGUCGACGCCGCUGGGAACGAAGUCCCAGGCGCCGAGGUGCCCGUCGCCCCGCCGCACCCUGAUGUCGAAGGAGUCGACUCCAGCACCAAGCAAAUUCCUAAGGUUGAUGAUCCUAUUGCAGACGCCGAGAAGCAGAACGUCAUCAAGUCGAAGGACGGAGAAAAGGAAAAGGAGCAGGAGAAGCCCAAGCCGGCAAGCGAAGGCAAUGAGGCCACAGCUCAAAAUGCUUAA